AUGCUCUUCGGGGUCAAGGACAUUGCUCUGUUGGAGCACGGGUGCAAGGCGCUCGAGGUGGACAGUUACAAGUCCCUGAUGAUCCUGGGUAUACCGGAAGACUGCAACCAUGAGGAGUUCGAAGAGAUCAUACGGGUCCCCCUGAAGCCCCUGGGCAAGUUCGAAGUGGCCGGGAAGGCGUUUCUGGAAGAAGAGAGAUCCAAGGCAGCCAUCAUUAGGCUGGAGGAGGACAUCAAUUAUGCCGUGAUCCCCAGGGAGAUCAAGGGCAAGGGCGGCAUGUGGAGAGUGGUCUACAUGCCCCGGAAGCAGGACAUAGAAUUCCUGACCAAGUUGAACCUCUUCCUGCAGAGUGAGGGCAGGACGGUGGAGGAUGUGGCCCGGGUCCUGAGGCAGGAACUGUGCCCAACAGUGAUGGGCCCCAGAGAGCUGCCUGCCAGAAAGUGCCGGGUGCCCGGGCCUGGGGAGAAGGCGGGGGCCGGGGCCCCCGCGGUCGCCGACGGGGCGCCACCUCCGGCCUCGGUGGAGAAGCAGAGCAAGGCUGGAGAUGACAAGAGAGGCAAGCGAAAGCACAAGAAAAGCCGUCGACGGCACCAUGCAUCUGACAAGAAGCUGUGA